AUGAGGCUCACGGUCGUCCAUUCCGCCCUCCUUUUCGAUGGCCACUCGGUUCAUGAAAAUGCAACUGUCGUCUUUGACUCGGAUGGCGGUAGGAUCACGGCCGUCUCCACAGGUUCCAGCACCGCUCCGUUCCCCUCGGGAGCGACCAUCAUCGACGGCAAGGGGCAUAGCCUGCUCCCAGGACUCAUCGAGUCUCACGCUCACGUUCACGGGUUGCACCUACCGCCAGGCUCGGACCAGUCUGAUAUUCUCCGAUCGCCGUUGAGAAGCGGCGUCACCACCGUUUGCGACAUGCACUCCGAUCCGGACUCCGUGCACAAGUGGCGGGAGGAGAUUGCAGACGAACUGGCAAAGGCCCGAAGUUCCAAGGGGACUGUCACGCUCUCCGACCUUAAGAGCUCACUCUACGGGGCUACCAUUGAAGGCGGAUGGCCUAAACCGAUCGUCCUUGGACCUCACCCGUCAGAUGAGCUCAAAUCUUUUGUUUCGACCUGGCCCAAUGUCACGGUGGAAAGCGCGCCAGAGUUUGUCAAAAAUCACCAGGCCAACGGAGCAGACUAUAUCAAGCUGAUGCAAGAGAACUGCUGCUCACUCGCUUUGCCCACCGGGGCUAUUCCGGUGGCCACCCUGGAGCUUCAAACAGCUGUCGUCAAGGCGGCGCACGCGGCUGGCCUGCCUGUUGUGGGCCACGCUUUGAGCGUCGACAUGACGGAGGUCGUUCUCAAGGCCGGUGCUGAUGGUUUGACACAUACCUUUAUCGACCAACCUCCGCCGCAAAGCAUCAUCGAUCUCUACCGACAGACGGGCGCGUUUGUGAUUCCCACACUGACAGUAUUGAGUAGUUUGACCGCCGAGCUGCAGGAUGUGAGAGAGAAGUUUGCCGAGAUCGCAGGUCGGAAGGAGAUUGUGAAUGACUUCACCAAGCAAAACAUGGUCGAAGUCAUUGGCAUGAAAGACCCAGCUGCCCAGCUAGACUACGCCUUCCAGACGGUAGCCAAGCUCAAGCAGGAAGGCAUUGAUGUUGUGGCUGGAACAGACGCAGUAGCGGGCCUGAAGGGCACAGCCAUAGGUCCCAGUCUCUGGAUGGAACUGGAAUUGUAUGUCGAGAAGUGUGGUAUGAGCGUGCCAGAGGCAUUGAAUGCAGCGACGGCCUUGCCGGCAAAGAGGUUCGGGUUCAACGAUCGCGGAGUCGUGGCCGAGGGUAAGAGAGCCGAUCUGGUGCUUGUCAAGGGCGAUGUCACGGCAAGAUUGCAAGCUCUAUGGGAAGACGAGGGUAUCGUGGUUGUUUGGAAAGAGGGUGUUCCGGCAGCUUUGUAG